CUGUCGUGCAUUUCGAUCUGCUGGAGAUGGCAGCCGAUGGAGUCGAUGGAGUUAUGGAGUUAACUUUAGGUCUCUUCAAGAUGGAGUUCUCAAAGGGGAACGAAGCUAUUCACACUCGCUCAACGAUAAAAGGCCCUGUUUCCCCGUCUCAAUCUUCUUCAUCAGCAACAGCAAAGCAAAGCAAUCAAUCAAUCAGUCAAUCAAUCCAUUCAAUCAAUCUUCAGAUUUCGAUCUUAAUCUUAAUCUUAAUCUUCAAUCAAAAUGUCUCACUUCUCGUCUGCCGCUUCCGAUGUCUCCUCCUACGUGACUCCCGAAGUCCACGACUCUGGCUUGAGCACUCCCAACACCGAGUUCAGCCAGUUCAACCUCUCCAAGGAUGUCGCCGUCGUUGGCAUGUCCUGCCGUGUCGCUGGAGGCAACAACAACCCCGAGCAGCUCUGGCAGUCUCUCCUCAACCAGAAGGAUGCCUCGGGUGAGAUCCCCGCCAUGCGCUGGGAGCCGUAUCUCCGCCGCGACCCUCGCAACGCCAAGAUCCUCAAGGAGACCACCUCGCGUGGCUACUUCCUCGACCGUCUCGAGGACUUUGACGGCCAGUUCUUCGGUAUCUCUCCCAAGGAGGCCGAGCAGAUGGACCCUCAGCAGCGUCUCUCCCUCGAAGUCACCUGGGAGGCUCUUGAGAACGCCGGUAUCGUGGCCAAGAACCUGUCGGGCAGUGACACUGCGGUCUUCUGGGGUGUCAACUCCGACGACUACUCCAAGCUGGUCCUCGAGGAUCUUCCCAACGUCGAGGCUUGGAUGGGCAUCGGCACGGCCUACUGCGGUGUUCCCAACCGUAUCUCCUACCACCUCAACCUGAUGGGCCCCAGCACCGCUGUCGACGCCGCCUGUGCCUCCUCUCUCGUCGCUGUCCACCACGGUGUGCAGUCCAUCAUCCUUGGUGAAUCCAAGAUGGCCAUUGUCGGCGGUGUCAAUGCUCUCUGUGGCCCUGGUCUCACUCGCGUUCUCGACAAGGCCGGCGCUGUCUCGUCCGAGGGACGCUGCUGCUCCUUCGACAACGAUGUCCGCGGCUACGGUCGUGGUGAAGGUGCCGCUGCCAUCGUCCUCAAGAACCUCUCCACUGCCAUCCAGGAGGGCGACCACAUCAUGGCGGUCAUCAAGGGCACUGCCGUCGCUCAGGAUGGCAAGACCAACGGUAUCAUGGCCCCCAACGCCAAAGCCCAGCAGCUCGUCGCCAACACUGCCCUCAAGGUCGGCAACGUCGAUCCCCUCACGGUCGGAUAUGUCGAGGCCCACGCGACUUCCACUCCUCUGGGCGAUCCCACCGAAGUUUCCGCUGUCUCCGCUGUCUACGGUGCCAACCGCGACCCCGAAGCCCCCUGCUUGAUCGGCUCUAUCAAGCCCAACAUUGGUCACUUGGAGGCCGGUGCCGGUGCCAUGGGAUUCAUCAAGGCCGUCAUGUCGGUGCAAAAGGGUGUUCUCGCUCCCCAGGCCAAUCUGACCAACCUCACCAAGAAGGUCGACUGGGCCAACAGUGGCCUCAAGGUGGUCCAGCAGGAGACCAAGUGGCCGUCCAGCGACCAGGCCCGCCGCGCUGCCAUCUGCUCCUACGGAUACGGUGGCACUGUCUCUCACGCCGUCAUCGAGGAGUUCAACUUCCCUGAGACGCCCGACCUGUCUCCCUCCAGCCCCAACAGCCCGACCGUGCUGCUGCUUUCUGGGCCUCAGGAAAAGCGUCUCGCCAUCCAGGCCGGUGUCCUCAAGGAAUGGAUGGAGAACGCUGGCUCGCAGGAGGAGUUGAAGCGUAUCGCAUCGACCCUGGCCGUCCGCCGCGACCACCACGACUACCGCGCUGCCGUCGUUGUCGACAACAAGGAAGACGCCCUCAAGGCUCUUGGACAGCUCGCCAGCGGCACCAACAACGCCUGGACCUCGCAGAGCCGUGUCUACGGAUCCGACAUCAACAAGGACGUGGUCUGGGUCUUCUCUGGCCACGGUGCUCAAUGGGCCGACAUGGGCAAGGAGCUGCUUCAGAACUCGGUCUUCUUCCAGGCCAUCCAGCCUCUCGAUGAGAUCGUCCAGGCUGAGAUCGGUCUCUCGCCCAUCUCUCUCCUGCAGAGCGGCGAAUUCGAGGCCUCCGACCACGUUCAGAUCCUCACCUACAUCAUGCAGAUCGGUAUCACCGCUGUCCUCAACAGCCGCGGCGUCUACCCCCAGGCCAUCAUCGGUCACUCCGUCGGUGAAAUUGCCGCCAGUGUCGUUGCCGGUGCCCUCACCCCCGAAGAGGGAGCUGUCCUCAUCACCCGUCGCUCUGUUCUCUACCGCAAGGUCAUGGGCCAGGGUGGUAUGAUCCUCGUCAACAAGCCAUAUGCGGAGGUCGCUGAGGAGCUCGCCGGUCGCGAGGAUCUCGUCGUCGCCAUCGACUCUUCUCCCUCCUCUUGUGUCGUCGCCGGAUCGACUGAGGCUGUUGCCCAGAAGGCCGAGGAGUUCAAGGAGCGAUCCAUCAAAACCUUCACUGUCCGCACCGACAUUGCCUUCCACAGCCCCAUGCUCAACCAGCUGGUCGCUCCUCUCAUGGAGUCUCUUGGUGACAGCCUGAACCCGAUCGCUCCUACUCGCGCGAAGCUCUACUCGACUUCCCUCCGUGACCCCCGCGGCCAGAAUCUGCGCGGUGCCACCUACUGGGCCAACAACAUGGUCAACCCCGUCCACCUCACUUCGGCUGUGCGCGCUGCUGUUGACGACUCCUACCGUGUCUUCCUCGAGGUCUCCACCCACCCAUUGGUCUCUCACUCCAUCAACGAGACCAUCAUGGAUGCCGGUAUUGAAGACUACUCCAUGAUCUCGACUCUUGCCCGCAAGAAGCCCAGCGAGAAGAGCAUCCUGCACGCCAUCUCCCAGCUGCACACCCGCGGCACCAAGGUCGACUGGAAGUCCCAGCUGUCUGGCCCUUGGGCUGGCGGUGUUCCCAACACCAGCUGGAUGCACAAGCCCUACUGGCGCAACAUUGCCGCUGGCCCCGUCAAUGCAUCUGAGGUCCACGAUGUCGAGAAGCACACUCUCCUCGGUCAGCGCAUUGGUGUUGCCGGUACUGACACUAUUGUCUACACCACUCGAUUGGACAACGACAGCAAGCCCUUCCCUGGCAGCCACCCCUUGCACGGCACUGAGAUCGUUCCUGCUGCUGGUCUGGUGAACACCUUCGUCAAAUCCACCGGCGCCACUGUCUUGGACAAUGUGGUCCUCCGCGUCCCUGUCGCGAUCAACGCUCCUCGAUCCGUGCAGGUUGUCGCCCAGCGCGAUGAAGUCAAGAUCAUGUCUCGACUGAUCCAGGAGAACCAGAGCUCCAGCGAUGACUCCUCAUGGGUCACCCACACUACCGCACGAUGGGAGAAGCAGAACAACACUCCCGAUGCCCCCGUUGAUGUCGAAGCCACCAAGGCCCGCAUUGGUACCCGCCUCCGUGACGACUUCUCCAUCGACUACCUCGACAAGGUCGGUGUCUCUGCCAUGGGCUUCCCCUGGGCCAUCACCGAGCACUACGGAAACACCAAGGAGAUGAUCGCCAGAGUCGAUGCCGCUCCUGCUGUCCCCGCCGAUGGUGAGCUUCCUUGGGAUGCAUCUUCCUGGGCUCCUAUUCUGGACGCUGCCACCUCGGUCGGCUCGACCAUCUUCUUCGACCAGCCCCGUCUCCGCAUGCCUGCUCAGAUCGAACGUGUUGACAUCUUCACUCGCGAGAACCCUCCCAAGGUCGGCUGGCUGUAUGUCCAGGAGGCCUCUGACUCUACCCUCGCUUCCCACGUCAGUGUCUGCGAUGAGGCUGGCAAUGUCGUCGCCAAGUUCACUUCCAUGCGCUUCUCUGAGAUCGAGGGCACUCCUGGUGUCAGCGGCAGCAUGGAGAGCCUUGUCCACCAGAUGGCCUGGCCCCCAGCUGUCCCUGCCGAAGAGCCUCUGCCCAUCAACCAGCUUGUCCUUAUCUCGGACGAUGCUGCUCUCCGCGAGAAGUACGCUGCCACCAUCUCCGGCAAGACUCAGAUCUUCCAACUCUCCAACGCCGAUGAUCUCGCUGCCAACCGCGAUGUCCUCCCUCUCAACAGCAAGGAGACCGCUAUUGUCUACAUCCCCGGACAGGUCGACUCUAUGCAGGAUAUCCCCAAGUCGGCUGAUGCCUUCACCUGGCAACUCCUCGAGAUCAUGAAGUUUGUCAUCAACAACUCGCUGCCCUCCAAGGUCUUCGCAGUGACCACCACUACCGCUGAAGGCGAGAACCCCACUGCUCUCGCUCAGGCUCCUCUUGUCGGUCUCGGUCGUGUCAUCGCUAGCGAGCACAGCGACCACUUCGGUGGUCUCAUUGACACUGAAGUUACUAACUUCCCUCUCACCACCAUGCGCUACAUCCAAGGCUCCGACAUCAUCCGCAUCCGCGAUGGAGUUGCCCGCACCAUGCGCCUGCGCUCUCUUCCUCGCAACCGUCUGAUCCCCGCCGACAAGGCUUCUUCCACCCAGAAGCUCCUCCCCCGCGCUGACGGCACCUACCUCAUCACCGGUGGUCUCGGCGCCCUCGGUCUCGCGGUGGCUGACUUCCUCGUCACCAAGGGUGCUCGCCGAGUCGUCCUCAUCUCCCGCCGUGCUCUUCCCUCUCGCCGCACCUGGGCCAACAUCCAAGCCGAAGACGCCAUGGCCCCAGUCAUCGCUAAGAUCAAGGACCUCGAGACUCGCGGCGCUACCGUCCACGUCCUUCCCCUGGACAUCAGUGUCCCCAGCGCUGCAGAGAAGCUCACCGACGCCCUGGACCAGCUCGCUCUCCCCCCAGUCCGCGGUGUCGUCCACGCCGCCGGUGUUCUCGACAACGAGCUCGUCCUCGAAACUACCCAGGACGCCUUCUCCCGCGUGCUCGCCCCCAAGGUGACCGGCGGUCUCGUCCUCAAUGAGGUCUUCCCCGCCAAAUCCGUCGACUUCUUCGUCCUCUUCUCCUCCUGCGGCCAGCUCGUCGGCUUCACCGGCCAGAGCUCCUACGGCUCCGGCAACGCCUUCCUCGAUACCCUCGCCACCCACCGCCGCAACCAGGGCGACAACGCCGUCGCCUUCCAGUGGACCUCGUGGCGCGGAAUGGGCAUGGGCGCAUCCACCGACUUCAUCAACGCCGAGCUCGAAAGCAAGGGCAUCACCGACGUCACCGCCGACGAAGCCUUUGGCGCCUGGAUGCACCUCGCCAAAUACGACAUCGACCACGGUGUCGUCCUCCGCAGCCUCACUUUCGACCAGGGCGAGCCUCUCCCCUCCCCAGCCCUCGCUGACAUCGCCGUCCGCCGCCAGGCCUCCGCCUCGUCGGACUCUGAGUCCUCUGGUCCCUCCGACGCAGCAGCUGCCAUCCCCACCUCCGGUCCCGAACUCAAGACCUACCUUGACGACAAGAUCCGCAACUGCGUCGCCUCUGUCCUCCAAAUGGCCGCCGAAGACGUCGACUCCAAGGCUGCCCUCUCCGACCUCGGCAUCGACUCCGUCAUGACCGUCACUCUCCGCCGCCAGCUGCAGCAAUCCCUCAAGAUCAAGGUUCCCCCGACCCUGACCUGGUCGCACCCCACCGUCAGCCACCUCGUCGGCUGGUUCGCCGAGAAGAUCGGCUCCAAGGAGUAGCUGCAUGACAGCGCAAAUGUGUGCAAAAAUGGAUGGAUAGACUCAGAAUCACCCUCUUACUGUUCCCUUUUACCUUUACUAUAUAGAUUGACCAGAUUGUUACGAUUGUUUCUGCUUACCCUGCUGAUUAUGCUUAUGUUUUUGAAUUUGUUGAUCGCGCUUACUUUGUCUUUGCUUGUUUUUUGGUGUUCGCUUGGAUCGACUUGUUGGGCUAUGCUAGACUUGGACUUGUGCUUCUUAG